AUGCCAAUCAAGAAACUGUUUCAAGUAAGUGAUGGUAUAUUACUAAAGUUUAUAAGAGAUUUGAAUAACAUCAUACCAGACCUUUAUGGAGAGAGUACUAUUGAUGAAUUAAAGUCCAUUGAAUUGAUUGGUUGUGGCAAUGUUUCAUGCUUGGUGAAGACAACGGAUGAGGAUGCAACACAAACAUUUGUUGCAUCCAAUGACCUGAUGCUUGAUCAAAGGAAAACAACAAAGAAAAAGUAUUUCUCCCAAGUGGAAAAAAUCUGUCUGAAUGAGCUAGAGAACAUGAAGUUUCUUUUUGAUUGUUCAUCUCAAUAUAUAAGCUUACGUAAUCUACAAGAAAUUGAAAUUACAAGUUUGAUGGUAUUGAUUUCUGGUGGAGAUGAGCAAACAGCUGAUGAUGACAUUGAGUUCCCUAGACUUACCCAUAUUUCCCUUUUGGUUUUUGCCACAACUAAAGAGCUUCUACUCUGGGGAUUCUACAGUCAAAUAUCCUUCUUUGGAGUUUAUCCAUGUGAGAAAUUGUAG